AUGAGCUUCUUCAGUUAUGGUGUCCUUGUUAGACUCUUGACAUUCAGAAACCCUAUUGUGUACCAACUGGCAAUAGUCACAAAUUCUUGCGCUACCUCUCCCAAGAACUAUCGUCUCGUUGAUGUUCUGAAUUUGUGUAUUUGUGAAUGCGAGUCUUCGGUGAUCGAGAGGGCUAAGCCAUCUUUCGUCAACCAAAUGCCUAAAUCAAAAUGCCACAAGGAUGAAGUUUGA